AUGAAGAACGAGGAGAUUGCUGCAUUGUUGCAGGCGUUGGACCUCAAGUGGGAACAACGAUCGGAAUCCCAGAUGGAGACUAUCAAGAUGAUGAUCAAUGAACGCUUCAACCAGAAUUCUCAACCAUCGCCGGUGAACCAAGUGGGUGAAGCUAGUGGGGGCAAAGACUCAGUUCGCGAACGGAGCCGACGUUCCGAUGCUGAAUCAGAUUGCCGAGACAUCAACUCAAUUCUCAAAACCUUGCGAGUUAAGGUGCCUCGCUUUGACGAACAGAAUGUGAACGAUUGGAUUUAUAAGAUCAAUAAGUUUUUUGAUCUUCACCGAGUGGAUUAUGGAAUGCGAUUAGCGGUUGUUCUGUUUCACUUAAACGGACCUCCAUCCAGUUGGUUUCAAUGGAUGGAAAAAGGUGGAUCGAUUUAUGAUUGGGAUUCCUUCUUGAGGGAAUUACAACUUCGCUUUGGUACAUCCAUUUACGACGAUCCUUUGGGUCGAAUUUCGAAACUCACACAGACGGGGAAGGUUUCGGAGUACAGACAAGAGUUCGAAAUGUUGAUGCCUCGUAUCACAGGAGUGGAAGACUCCAUGUUCUUGAACUUCUUUAUUUGGGGACUGAAGUUAGAAAUCCGACGAGAGUUAUUGAUGGCACCUCAUGCGAAUUUAGUCGAUGCUAUGGCCAAAGCCCAAUUAUUUGAGGAUCGCAAUGAAGAUCUGUUCGCUCGACAACGAGACCAUAAUAGAACCGGGUGGAUCUCGAAGCCAAGUUACCAACAACCCAAUUCACAUUCAACUUUUCCGACCACAUACAAGCCGAGUACAGGUCCUCCAUCACCUCCAAUCCAACCAUUGGGUAAACCACCCAAUACAAUCUCUCUACCAAUUAAGAAAUUAUCACCCAGUGAAAUGAAGGAACGUCGGGAGAAAGGCUUAUGCUAUACAUGUGAAGAGAAGUUUCAUUAUGGUCAUAAAUGCAAGAACAAAAUGUUGAUUAUGUGUGUUCAAGAUGAGGAAGAUGCAUCCAUGGGGGCUGAUGAGGAGGAACAUGAAAUUGACAGUCCAGAAGAAGAAGUAAGUCUCAAUUCGCUCUCUAAUUCAUUGAACCCGAGAAUUUUCCGCAUUACAGCGAAACAUGGCAAUGAAUCACUCGAAGUAUUGGUCGACACCAGUAGCAAUAAUAAUUUUAUUCAAGAAUCAUUGGCUACACAACUCAAUUUACCGUGGGAAGAGACAAAACGUUUCAAAGUAUACAUGGGUAAUGGAAAUUUUUUGUUGUGUUACAAGCUCUGUAAGGAGGUUGAGCUAUGGUUACAAGGACACCGCUUCAUAGUAGAUCUAUAUGUUCUUCCGAUCUGUGGCUUGGACGUUGUUUUGGGUAUGCAAUGGCUUCAAACUUUGCGACCGUGCAUUCACGAUCACAAGGCACUCACCAUGGAAUUUACUUGGCAGGGAAACAUUAUUAAGCUAUCGGGUUUCACUCAAAUUUCUGGGAACCAUCUUACUUACACACAGCUCACUAUCUUUCUGCGCGAAGGAGAAGUUCGGGGUUUAUUUCGACUCGAAACAACUGAGGACACUAAGAAGAAUGACAUUACUGAUCUGGCAGCUCUUGAAGCCCAUUUUCCGCCACAGGGACGGGGUUUAUUGUCUCAGUUUGCCGCAGUUUUUGCUACACCGAAUCAGCUGCCCCCUUUUCGUUCGGUGGAUCACCGCAUUUUUCUACAGCCAGGUUCGGCACCUGUAAACGUGCGACCUUACCGGUACCCCUAUUUUCAAAAGGACGUUAUUGAAAAACUGGUGCAAGAGAUGCAGGAUGUUGGAUUUAUUCGACCAAGUACUAGCCCCUAUUCGUCACCUGUGCUAUUAGUUAAAAAGAAAGACGGGUCAUGGCGAUUCUGCGUGGAUUACAGAGCGUUGAACGGUUUCACCAUUAAAGACCGCUUCCCCAUUCCCACAAUAGACGAACUACUCGACGAACUGGGUGGUGCUACUGUCUUCUCCAAGUUAGAUCUAAGAGCUAGCUAUCAUCAAAUACGAAUGGAUCGCAGGGACAUUCACAAGACAGCUUUCAGGACGCACCAAGGCCAUUACAAAUUUUUUGUGAUGCCUUUUGGGCUAACAAAUGCCCCUUCGACGUUCCAAGCAGCUAUGAAUCAGGCUGAUCCAUCAAAGAUUACAGCCAUGAACGAAUGGCCUGUGCCUACUUCUUUGAAACAACUACGUGGAUUCUUGGGUCUUACAGGAUAUUACCGCCGCUUUGUAUCUCAUUAUGCAACAAUAGCAACUCCUCUGACUGACUAA